AAAAAAAACCUAUCGUAUUUAUUAUUUUUCAUUUUCCCGGAAAAUUGAUUUUCCAAUUUUCCAUGAUUGUUCUUCUUCUUUGUCGCUCUCUCACUUCCUCCUUAUAUAAGACUUCCCCUUUCACUCAUUCCCCAAAUCAAUUCAAACCCAUUUUUCUUCUUCACCCUAAGUUUCAAUCUUUAUACCCUUUUUCUUCAUCCAUGGCUACUUGUGUUGAUGCUUCAACCCCUCCUCUUUCUCGCAAACCUAACGUUUCACAAUCCGAUGAUUGUUCAUUCAACUUCGUCAAUUUUUGUCGACCCAAUUUCUCUGAUCGUGUUUCCUCGGUACCCAUUUGUAAGAAUCGUGAAAAAGUCUUGCACACAAAAACUGUAUUGGUUGAAGAUUUAGAGCAUGACCAAGAUGAUGCAAAAGUUGAUAAUCUCGAUGAAAUUGAGGUUGUUGAUUUUUGGUUGAAGAUUCAGGAAGAAGCAAGGUUAGAUUUGGAUCAAGAACCAAUUUUAUCUAGCUAUUAUUUCAGUUCCAUUUUAUCUCACAAUUCAUUGGAAAGUGCUUUGGCUAAUCAACUAUCAAUUCAUUUGAGUAAUUUGAGUCUUUCUAGCACUACCCUUUUUGAUCUUUUCAUGAGUGUUUUGGUUAAUGAUGAUGAAAUAUUGAAUACUGUGAAAGAUGAUUUGAAAGCAGUGAAAGAAAGAGACCCUGCUUGUAUAAGCUAUGUUCAUUGUUUAUUGAAUUUCAAAGGGUUUUUAGCAUGUCAAGCUCAUAGGAUAGCUCACAAAUUAUGGUUACAAGGGAGAAAAGUUUUGGCACUUUUGAUUCAGAAUAGAGUUUCUGAGGUUUUUGCUGUUGAUAUUCAUCCUGGUGCUAAGAUUGGAAGAGGGAUUUUGUUGGAUCAUGCAACGGGACUUGUUGUUGGUGAAACAGCUGUGAUUGGUAACAAUGUUGCAAUUUUGCAUAAUGUUACAUUAGGUGGAACAGGUAAAGUUUGUGGUGAUAGACAUCCAAAGAUUGGUGAUGGUGUGUUGAUUGGUGCAGGGACAUGUAUUUUGGGGAAUAUUAAGAUUGGUGAUGGUGCUAAGAUUGGUGCUGGUUCUGUUGUUUUGAAAGAUGUUCCACCAAAAACUACUGCUGUUGGAAAUCCAGCUAAGUUGAUUGGUGGAAAAGAUAACCCUAUCAUGUUGGAUAAGAUUCCUAGCUUUACUAUGGACCAUACUUCAUAUAUAUCUGAGUGGUCUGAUUAUGUUAUCUAGAGACCGCUAAAUUGCGUUUGCAGUUACGCUGUAAACUGUGGUAAAUAAUUAAAAGGUUGCAGAGGCUUCUAAAUUUUUUAUGUUGCGACCGUUAUUGCAGUUGCAGACUACAAUUUUACGUUGUGGCUGUUAUUGCAGUUGUAAACUAUAAUUUAGAACUAUGUUUGUGUGGCUGUUAUUGCAGUUGUAAACAGUAAUUUAGAACUAUGUUUGUUUCGUGUUAUAGAUUUUAUUUUGAUGAGGUGAUUUUGGUUGGGGAUUUUAUUUUGUUUGUUGUAUAAGAGAGAAUCUAAGUUCUCCUGUUAACUACAAAAUGCCUCUUAAACCAUGAUGGUAUUAGUGAAUAAAAAGAGUUGCUUGUAGCAGUUUAUGUAAUGCUAUGUUGUUGUAUGGUGUUAAGGACCACUCUGAAUUUUGCUUGUUUUGCUUUCA